UCUGGAGGCGCUAUGUUCUAGUUGGUAUGACGUUGUUAGUGCGGCGAGGGCCUUCGCACGCGCAGUGCAAGUGAUGACUUCCCUGUCGUAAGCUGAACUGGUGCACUAUCAUGCGCGCAGUCACCGUGAUUUCCCAUUUGGGCAAUCCUCUCACUCACCUCUGCAACUAGCUCUGCAACCGACUUUGCAACCAUCAAUUCUACCACUAUCUUUACCACCAAUUCACAAACAUGGACUCCUCCGCUCCAUUGUCCGAUCAAGUGCCCGCUGUUAAACGUCUCCCUAACGUCUCCCCCAGACCCCCAUCUGAACUCUUCCGCGUGGUUAAGACAAUCUCCGCGCCGACAUCUUCCUCGGGAGUGUACCUCUGCCUACCACGCGCGCUUCCCCCUCCAUUCGAGCCAUCAAAUAAGAUUGAUCCAGAAGUUUCUGAAGAGACCAUCGAAACCCACGACGCCUUCAAGACAAUAUCUGGAAAUGCGCGCCUCCAACAGCAGCUGCCGUUGCUCACAUACAAGAACCUGGGCGACUUCUUGUACAAGAGCAUGCAGGAAAAUUGCACAUCUGCGCUGCCAGAGCAGCACUUAAAGGUGCUACCGCAACUUUUCGUGGUCAAGACACGAAAAGACACGGUUGAGCUUCGCAAUGAGGCGUCGCAAUUCGAGGAGCAUGAUAAGAGGGACAAAGCUUCGCUGUUCGUCGGCUCAUAUGUACUACGCGCUGAGUACUCUGACUCGCCAUUCACUUCGUACAUCUGUCUCCGCCCCAUCUUCGGCCCCAUUUUGGCGCAGUUCGGCGAGGCGAGCAAUAAGGAUGACCAGGGCGGUAUUCCCAGCUGGUUUGUUUCGCAUAUUUUUAUGGGCUUGAUAGAUGCCGUGGACUUCCUACACGAGGAGGGUUUGGUGCACGGGAGGAUUGAGGCAUCGAACAUCAUGCUCAAUCUCUACCCUACGGUCAUGCACCAUCGGUACCGCGGCUAUCCAGACAUCCUGCUUAUAGACUUCUCUGCAACGGGCCCAAGCGAUAAAGACGCCGUGGAAAGGGACAAUCGUGGUAUGCUCGAGGUGAUGGAGCAAGUCAUCUCCAAGUGGAGUGAUGUUGCACCGUUCCUGGACUCAGAUGAUGUCGGGGACCCAAUCAUCGCUUUAUUAGCAUCCAUCGAGAUGACUCUCAGCAGACAUUACGAUGGGUAUCAUAGUAUCUCCGAUCUCCGUGACGGAGCUGAGGACAUUCGACACGAAGGUCCACAGGUCAUACCAAGGGACCUGAUGAUGUUGCUGCAUGCAGACCUGACGACGGCUGCUGAACUCGACCGCGCCGUACAAGAGCCGCCCGUGGCUGAGGUAUCAGCCAGUCAAGAAGAGUUGGGGGAAAUUUCAGGAGACGAUUCUGUGACCGUGGGUGGAAGCGACUAUGGAGCGAUGAAUACCGGGUCUACGGACGACAAGAUAAGGAUCAUUGAAGACCGAGAUACAGAGGUUGCAGAGGACGAGAUGGAUGGGUGCGUAGCGGCUUCAACCACUUGAAGACCACUCUCUGAUGGAGACAGAGCAGGAGAAGAACUAGAAGAAGAAGCAACACGAGACGGGUACCAAGAAAAGGAUCAGGAAUGACGAAGAUG